AUGAAAUUUGUAAGUACAUCGGAAAACAAAAAAGAGGAAUGUGUAUGUAAAGAUGGUUUUGAUCGUGGAGAAACAUCAAAUAAAUGUGAACCCAAAUCAGAGCAAUUAAUCAACACAACGGAUUCAGCGCAGCGAGACGCGAUUCCGUUUCGAAUUGACGGUCCACUCAUUGUUCAUCUACCAGAGGACAGCGUUAAUUUAAGUAUCCAUUUGGACGACACUUCUGAUGCUUCUAACUACACUUAUUAUUGGGAAUUGCUUGACGGAGGUGGUUUCGGUUCAGCGGAUACGUACACGAAGCCGAAUUUGACACUCACUGGUCUAAAAGAAGGCGUCAUUCGACUAAGAGCAACCGUAUCGGAUGAACAUUCGCACACAUAUCACGACCAUUCAUUACAAGUACUGUCCGAAAAGAAACCGAAUAAACCGCCUGUAGUUGUGAUCCGACCUGAGAGUCCAGUUCUUGCUACUGAAGGAAGCCGCAUUAUUCUUGAUGCCGAAGGUAGCUCGGAUGAGGAUGAUUCACAUUUGGAAUUCGAAUGGAAAUUGCUGAACGGUCCGGUAGUUCAAUUACCAGCGAUGAAUGCGGCUAUCCUCCGACUCGAUAAUCUUGUUGUGGGCAAUUAUUCGUUCGGGUGCGUACUUCUGAUCUUUAAUUCUCGUUCCAGUUAUUGUUCAUCUACACCAGUCUUAACCUUAACCAAUUUACAACCAAAUGAAAAGUAUGGCCCGUAUGAAUUUCGAUUGGAUGUGAUUGAUGGAAGUGGGCAGAAGGAUUCGGCGACAGUCAGUAUACUCGUCAAUAAGGCUGUCAAUCAUCCACCGAGAGGUAAUAAGGAUAUUGUUACAGAGCCGAAUGCAGGAGGUAAUCAAACGGUACAGUUGCCAGUGACAUCAAUUGUGUUGGAUGGUAACGUGAACGAUGAUGGUGAGAUUGUGAAAUAUGAAUGGACACAAAUCAGGUAUUUGAUUGAUUCAGUAGUGAUUGUGAACGGUGAUAAAUCCAAGUGUACAGUAUCAUCACUCGAAGAGGGUGUAUACCGCUUUCGGUUGAAUGUUACUGAUGACGGAGGUCUGAGUGGUGUUGAUGAAACGUUCGUGUCUGUUGUUCGAAGCAAGAACGAACCACCCGUGGCACGUGCACACAACGUCACCGUUUAUCUUCCAUCAAAUCUGGCAAUAUUGAAUGGCAGCGAAUCAUCUGAUGACGCUGGUAUCGUCUUCCUUGGUGAUUCUUCCGAGGAACCAAUAGCGAUGAUAGGUGGAUUGCUACCAGGAAUGUUUUAUUUUGAUCUUACAGUAUUCGAUCAUUCGGAUGCACAAAACUCCAUCACUGUUUCAUUGAACGUUAUUGCUGGUGAGUUGGUGCUCGGAGCUUGUUCAAUCAUUCAGUUUUGCUAUUGUUCGUUUAUCAUUUUCGGAAUGAGACGUUCUGAAGAUUCGGUUNUCAACGGUGUGAUGCCAUAUCGAUUACGCAAUAAGUUUGAAGGACGUUUAGCGACAGUUUUGGCUGUUCAGAUUCCUGAAGCGAUGAACGUCAACGUCCAUUUCUCUGAAUUCGCACACGAUCCAACCACUGGACGACUACGAAUCGUCUUCUACGCUAAUUUCUCAAAUUCUACUCAAUCUGGUGUUUCUAGUGAUACCGCUGAUAAGAAUGUUCGGAGUGUUCCCACAAAUGUGGUUUCAGCAAUUAGGGCCGUUAAAAUUUUGCGUAAUGAAGAGAAUAUGAUAAAUGAUUUCAACAUAUAUUCUAUCAAUACACUUUGUGAGUUCUUUCUUUCAAGAGUUUAUUUUAUUGCAGCGUGGUCAGUUGUUUAUUUUGGUAUAUGCGUAUUCACCGUUUCAUUGCUGUUUACAAUAUUUGUGAGAGUGCAUUUUAAUCGUCGCAGUGAAUUGCAACUAUCCAAUUGGAAUAUGAGCAAACAUGGUGCUUUGUCGCGUCGAAAGAAGCGUAGAAGGUUCAGGAGAAAUGACGAUGAGUCGCAUACAGAUGGCACGUUGAAUGCACCUUCGAAAUUGAAAGAUAAGAACGGGUCGUAUUCAUUGCUGAUGACAUCAGACUCGAUCAGCUCUGAGAGUGAAUGUGAGUUCGCUGUGAGAAAUGGGAACAAGAGAGGUUCGCCGAACGAACCAGAUGAUGAGGUAGAGCUUCGUGAAAGGACGAACUUACCGAAUGUGAGUGUGCAGUGA